AUGAAAUCAAAACAAUCAUCCUUUAGUGUUGCUAGUGAGUCAGUAUCUGAUUUUACUUCUGGAGUAUCAAUUAGAUCAGGAAAGGUAUUGACAGUCACAAAAUUGGAAGAACUAGCAUCUGCAAUAGAAUAAAAGUCUUCAGAGUCAGAGAAGAUAAAGGAAAUAGAAAAUCCAGAAGAAAUGAUUUCUCCCUUAGAUUUCAAACUAGAUUUAAGCAUGAUUAUUUAGAAGAAUGUGAAAACUGAGGAAUUUUAUAAUUUAGUUCUUUAAAAUUAUUUAGGAAAAUAAUAAAAACCAAUUGAAUUCUUACAUAAAGAUGACAAGGGUUUUGAUGAUGAAGAGAGAAUAAGAUUUUUAAAUUGGUUAAUUGAGAUCACAUAUGCAUAUUAAAUGAAUUGUUCUACGUUCUUCAUAGCUUGUUCCAUUUUAGAUGAAUUUUAAAAAAAAACUCAAAAGUAUGGUUGUUUGAAAUAACAAUAGUAUUACAAGAUAUAAUCUCCAUUUAACUGGAAUUAGUUGUAUAUAUUUGGCAUCAAAAUUUAAUGA